AUGCUUGACCUUACGUUAGCUCAAGUUGCUUCUGUCUCAACUCCUGUCACUGAGGUACCUCCUUGUGACCCAAUUACUACUUUUGUGUCUACAACACAACCUAUUAAUCAAGCUACUAUCAUCGCUGAGGAAUUUAUUGAGUCUCCUACUUUAGGGGCUGCUAGUUCUUUAUCAACAGAUAUCAUUGCUCAAGGAAACUCCACUUUCCAUUUGGAGACCGAGAGAUUGAUUGAGCGAGAUCUUGGUUCUAAUAAGUUUGCCUCAUUGGCUUUACCGAAAGAAGAAGCAGAUUCGUCGGAUUCAGACAAGGAGUCAGAUGAGACGGAUUUUAUGACACCUUCCGGGAAGAGAAUCCUUCGAGACAGACCGGUUAAACCAUCGACAAAGGCUAAAGAAAUGAAUUGGCAAAUAACGGCUCGUGGACGUGAAGGGCGUGGCUGA